UUAGCUGUUAGCUGUUUGUUUUUGCUCAAAGUGGUAAUUUCUCCGUGAAUACAUGAGUGUGUCGCUGGUUGUCGUCCGUCUGGAAAUAGCCGACCAGUCUCCUUUUCCACAAGGCUUCCAGUACUCCGCUGAUGAAGGCUUGUCAGAGGAGGAGCUGCAGGAGAAGGAGCUGCUUUUAGCCAAACGCACUUUGAGCGGAAGGAGCGAGGCGGACCGAGCCGCCGUCCUCAACCAGCACAUCGGCAGCAGAGCCAUGGGGGACAUGGUGAUCGAAACCUACGAGCCCAGCGCAGGCGGUGACGAGCUGCACGGUGCUCAGGGCGAGGGAGAGACUUCACAGGAAACAGAACCUGGUCCAGACUCCCCCUCCAAGCAGCUCCCAGAUCAGAUCUCCUUCUUCAGCGGGAACCCCUCGGUGGAGAUCGUUCAUGGCAUCAUGCACCUGUACAAGACCAAUAAAAUGACUUCCCUGACUGAAGAUGUGAGGCGCAGCGCCAUGGUGUGCAUCCUGACCGUCCCCGCCACCAUGACGAGCCACGACCUCAUGAAGCUCAUGGCGCCGUUCAAUGAUGUCAUGGAGCAUAUGAAGAUUAUACGUGACUCCACCCCCAACCAGUACAUGGUGCUGAUCAAGUUCUCCUCCCAGAGCGACGCAGACAGUUUUUACACGGCUUGUAAUGGACGCCAGUUCAACUCCAUCGAGGAGGCGGUGUGCCAGCUGGUCUAUGUGGAGCGAGCGGAGGUCAUAAAGUCUGAGCAGGGAGCCAGUCUGCCGGUGAUGGAGCUCACGGAGCUGCCGAAGUGCACCGUGUGCCUGGAGAGGAUGGACGAGUCCGUUAACGGCAUCCUCACCACUCUGUGCAACCACAGCUUCCACAGCCAGUGUCUGCAGCGGUGGGAGGACGCCUCGUGUCCUGUGUGCCGGUACUGUCAGACGCCAGAACCCGUAGAAGAGAACAAAUGUUUUGAGUGUGGCGUUCAGGAGAACCUGUGGAUCUGCCUGAUCUGCGGACACAUCGGUUGUGGUCGUUACGUGAGCCGGCACGCCUACAAGCACUUUGAGGAGACGCAGCAUACUUACGCCAUGCAGCUCACCAACCACCGCGUGUGGGACUACGCAGGAGAUAAUUAUGUGCAUCGGCUUGUGGCCAGUAAGACUGAUGGGAAGAUGGUGCAGUUUGAAUGUGAAGGGGAAAUCUGCCAAGAAGAGAAGAUAGAUGCACUUCAACUAGAGUACUCGUACCUGCUGACAAGUCAGCUGGAGUCUCAGAGGAUCUACUGGGAAAAUAAGAUCGUCCAUCUGGAGAAGGAGACCGCUGAGGAGAUCAACAACAUGAAGACAAAGUUCAAAGAGACGUUGGAGCGCUGCGACAGCUUGGAGCAGAGAUUAGGAGAAAUAACCAAAGAGAAGCAUAGCGUGGAGAAAAAGUGCACGCAGCUGAACGGUCGAGUGGUGAAGCUGAGUCAGGAGCUGACGGAGGAGCAGGAGAUGAACCGCUGCCUCAGAGCCAACCAGGCGCAGCUGCAAGAUCGAGUGACGGAGGAGGAACACAAAGCAAAAGAGAGCGGAGAACGUAAGGACGCCAUGAUCGCGGAGCUGCAGGAGCAGCUCAGAGACGUCAUGUUUUAUCUGGAGACGCAGCAGAAAAUUGAACAGCUGUCGUCGGAGUCUCGCAGUGAAAUCCAGGAGGGACAGAUCAGCAUCCUGAGCGGGCCGUCUCACGAUGCUCUGGACUCGGCGGGGGCCGGCCCCUCCACGAGUCGUGGGCGGAGAGGCCGGGGCAGGAAGAGGAAGUAGAACAUCAGACACGUCUGCCAUGUUGGACCUGACCGUUACAGCUUGGCCCUGUUAAGAACAUUUGUUGGAACGUUGUGGUUCCUUAGAGAACAUCUGGAGACAAAACGUGAUGAGUCGGGACAAAGAAGGUUUUUUACCUUUCAGUUGAAAUGAGUGAAAUAAGUUGAAUUUCUGAGAUUAUUCAGUUAUUAAAAUCUUUGAUUUGGCUCUUUUUACAUA